AGAAAUUUUCAUACUUUUUCUUGAAGAAGAUGAAGCAAGCUAUAUUUUCAUGGAGUCAUUCUCCUCCAUUUCUUCCCAAAUUAUCACCAACCUCCAUUUUACCGAAAACCCUUUUAAGGGUUUAUGCAACCGUGGAAUCACCUGAAGAGAAUAUGCUUACUGCUAAAGAGAGAAGGCAAAUGAGAAAUGAGAGAAGAGAGAGUAAAACAGGUUACAAUUGGAGAGAAGAAGUAGAGGAAAAGCUUAUUAAGAAACCUAAAAAGCAAUAUAAGUCUUGGACUGAAGAGCUUAAUCUUGAUAACCUUGCUAAAUUGGGUCCUCAAUGGUGGGUUGUUAGAGUUUCUAGAGUUAAUGGUCAUGAAACUGCUGAACGUAUGGCUCGUGCUCUUGCUAGGAACUUUCCUGAUAUUGAUUUUCAGGUAUACAAUCCAUCUGUACAAAUCAAAAGGAAAUUAAAAAAUGGAACACUUUCAAUUAAGCCUAAACCCCUUUUCCCAGGAUGUGUGUUUCUGAGAUGCGUACUGAACAAGGAAAUACAUGAUUUCAUUCGAGAAUGUACUGGAAUUGGAGGCUUUGUUGGAUCCAAGGUUGGAAAUACAAAACGGACGAUCAAUAAACCCAGACCUGUUGAUGAGGAUGACCUGGAGGCCAUAUUCAAACAAGCGAAGGAAGAGCAAGAGAAAGCUGAUCAAGCUUUUGAAGAAGAGGAACAAGGAGAAGGAGGUUUAGAUUCCCAGCUGACAAAAAACUCUAGUAUAGCUCCCCUUGAUGACAAAGUUGUGCCCAAAACACGAGGAAGGCAAUCUAAAAAAGCUUUAGACCUGCUUGCAGUUGAUGUGUUGAGAGGAUCGGAUGAUAAAUCUUUAAUACCAGGGUCAACUAUUGAAGUUGUGUCCGGAGCCUUUGCAGGAUUUUCAGGGAUUCUCAAGAAGGUUGAUAGCAAGGCAGGAUUGGCAACUGUUGGAUUUUCUCUGUUUGGCAAGGAGACUCUAGCUGAUAUAGAUGUCAAAGAUAUUGUAGCAGAGGUUGGCUGACCUGUUUAGGCUGUGGAUACCUUUUUGUCUGAGAUGGGACAAGCAAAAUUUUAUGAUGAGUCAACAGUAGGCAGCGUGAUAUUAGAGCAAAGGUCUGCAAGUGAUUAAAGCUAAGCCAUGGAUUAAGCUGAUUUGCCUAAGGGAUUCCAGAGUUAACUUGGGUAUCAAACUGCUGCAAUUUUGAUGAGUGUACUGUUGCUGAAGAAUGAACAUUCGUUUGCAGAUCAAAUGUCUGUGUGAAGCUACUUGAAGUUAUGCAUGAAUGUGUCAAAUAAAAGAGGAUGAAAAAUCUUCUUUGCAGCUUUCAUAAAUGGAAGCUGUCUUGUAUUAUAUUUUCCUUGUGGAUGAACAAACUCGUGUUUUUUCCAAGAUCUCUGUAGGCUGUAUUUGAAGCCUGUCAAUCUGUUAUGAAAUUAGUUGCAAGUUAUCGGAGUU